GGGUAAAGGGGGAGGGAGGGGGGGUGAAGGGCUACGUCAACUUAAUCAUUGUUAGCAUGGUCCUAUCGCUCAGAGGUUGUUGUCAGCGGGCAAACAGAUAAAGCUUGUUACUUCAAACCAGGCACGUAACGAUUGUGUGUGCCUCGCAGUCUGGGGAGAUUCACAUGAGAAAACGCUGUGGUAUGUGCGCAUGUGUGUCUGUUUGCAGUGUGAGUGUGUGUGUCUCUGUGUGUGUUUGACGUUUGGGUUUUUUUUACGAUAAAAGGCGCUAUUAAUCAAUAGUUGGGUCGACCGUUUGGGAUACGCAGACGGUCAGUGUUGGGACACAACUUGACCAUUCAGUAGAGGAAUUUAGUUUGCGGUACAAUGACCUCGAUGACCUCUUGGUGUGCUAGCGUACGUGUCUAGCUGGGUCGUAUACAUGGGAGAUGUUUCCCCACGUCUCUCUCUAUCGGAAAUAAAUAAGAUGUUUGUCUAUGAGCAGUAAUUUAUGUUUUUUUCUUUUUUGAUUCUAUGCGUGUGACUAAUUGUGACACAUUUAAUGACGCCCAAACGCACACACGUUAUAAGCAUAAAGAUGCAUACAAAGGAUAGUUUCAGUGGAUCGCCAGCCAAGAGGUUUUGGGUUCGAACCCCAAUCUAGGCAACCCCAGCCCUUGAGCAGGAGGCCUCACUUUCCUCCCUAAAUGAAUGAGCCUAGAUGCUCAUUAAUGAAAUGUAACUAAAACAUAAUUUUCACUGUGUGUCAAAUCAGAGAGAAGUGUCUGCUUGCUAAACAGAGAAUAGCAGGCAAUAGCAGUGAAUCACAACCUCCCCGGAAACUGCCGCUUCUGUGCCAGGUGCUCAGAAGAAUGACGACCUCUGACCUUUAACCUUUGACCCGUCCCUCCCCCCUAGGUGGAUGACCAGAUGAAGCUGCUGCAGAACUGCUGGAGCGAGCUUCUCAUCCUCGACCACAUCUUCCGCCAGGUCGUCCACGCCAAGGAGGGCUCCAUCCUAUUGGUCACCGGCCAGCAGGUGGACUACUCGGUGAUCGCCUCGCAGGCGGGCGCCACCCUCAACAACCUGCUGAGCCACGCCCAGGACCUGGUGGUCAAGCUACGCUCACUACAGCUGGACCAGCGGGAGUUUGUCUGCCUCAAGUUCCUGGUGCUCUUCAGCCUCGACGUGAAGAACCUGGAGAACUUCCACCUAGUGGAGAGUGUGCAGGAGCAGGUGAACGCGGCGCUGCUGGAUUACGUCAUGUGCAACUACCCGCAGCAGAUGGACAAGUUCGGCCAGCUGCUGCUGCGGCUGCCCGAGAUCCGCGCCAUCAGCCUGCAGGCCGAGGAGUACCUCUACUACAAGCACCUCAACGGAGAUGUGCCCUGCAACAACCUGCUCAUCGAGAUGCUGCACGCCAAGCGAGCCUGAGAGAGGAGGACCCCCGCAAGGGGGGAGAGAGAGGGGGAGGUGGGAGACGGCGAUGGAGAUGGGGGAGGCGGAGGAGGGGCGGAUGAUGAUGGGCAUGUGGACAAAUCUGUGUGGGGACUCUGGAUUGUUUUGGUGAGCCCGACCACGCGAUGAACGCAGAGUUAUGUUUUCGUUCUCGUUGCCGCGGGCUGUGAGCUCGUCAGUCUGAUGGCUGAGGCGGAACGGUGUGUACGCGCAUGCACGCACACGCACCCACACGCACCCACACACGUACAGUACACAGGACGCCUAGCCACACUCAGGUGUGGAUGGUGGUCGGCAUUGCUCUCAUUUCUAUCUUGUCGUUAGCGAUGCAUUGAUUGGCAUACACGCGCACGCGCACACACAAACACCUGCACACACUGACACACAGGACGGAUGGACGAGAUGUCGAUGCGCAUGGCACGUUAAUCUACAAAUUAAAAAAAUAACUGAACAUGGACGGAGAAAUCUGAAGCAGAUGAUUCUGCAAACUCUUGAAAGAGACUUUAAACAGACAUUGAUUAUAAAGGUGGAGGCAUAAAACACUUGUAUACUCUGUUAUGGACAUAGAUAUCAGUGACGGGGCCUGUCUAUACCACUAAUGACAUACUUUUACCUCUGAGGGGAAGGACAGAGAAAAGAUGGAGAAUCGCUGACAUUAAGAGAUAACCAUUUUGGUGGGACAAUCCUUCAGGGCAACUCGAGGUCUUUGAAGAAUCUGUUGUUGGUACUGAACAGAUAAGCAGAAGGAUUUGUGAGUCAUUCUGUCUGGAGACCCUCUGAUACGUACCGGUCUGCCUACUUUACCCUCGGACCCCCUUGGACCAGGGAACUGGGACCCGGUCUUCUGUGGGACUUCUUGAAACGUGGACGGACCAGCAUCUCCUAACGCUAAACUUUUUGUCGAUGAACAAACAUUUAAACUGAAAAAGGACAAAUUAAGAAGUAAACGGAAAUAUCUUUCACUCUUUUGGUUAUAUGUCUGAAAAUCUUUUCAUUUGUCAUUGUCACGUAGUUAAGUGUCCGUAAUCCCCCCCCCCCCCACCCACUGUGGAAAGUCUUUAUCUUGAGCAGUGUUUACUGUGUACCUCAGAAAGAUCACAUUUGAAUAAAGGAUGUUGUUAGUCAGAUCAACUGUAUUUAUCAUCCACCCCCACCCCCUGUUUAAGAAACCAUUUUGCUUCAUCAAAACAUUUGAAGAAAAAACAACUGUGGGAAAAUAUGGUGUCAUUAGGAUUUGGAGAUGAAGACAGGCAAUUUUUGUCCAGCCCAAAGCCUGCUGCCGGAAACAGAAAGGAAAGAAGCAACAAAACAACAUAACUAUCAGUAUUAUAUGAUAUAAAAAGCGAUGUGUGAUGUCACAGUUCUGAGUCUUGCCUUAUUUCAUUGCCAUGCUAGCUAACUGUGCAGAUGUGAAUCAAAAAUAUGUACAAAUUAUAUAUAAGUAUUAAUGUUGUAAAGAUUAAAAGGAAAAGAAGAAAAAAAAGGUUUAAUUCAAGAGGUGUUUACAUUCAUUUAGUCAUAUGGGAGAAAACUGUGAUGACGCAUAAAUUGCAAAGCAAUGAUUUCCUAAGAAAAUUUUAAUUGAAUGACGAAUGAGAAAAAGAUCAAUUUGGUUUGCUUUCGUUGGUGUAUGUACAGUGUUAAACUCAUUUUUUAAUUUCUUUUGAACAGUACUUAAAUUAUGUCGUGAGACACUAAAAUCAGAAAGGAAUCAAACUUUGAUUUUUUAUUUCUAUCUGUCUGUUGGCCAUUUUCCUUUUGUUUUCUGCAUUGUGUUUAAGAGUUCAGUUCCACUUUUAUUUUUGUAGAACAUGGUUUUGUUUUUUUACAGUGCUCUUACCGUAUUACUGUACAGUAUUUUGCUGGUUAUGCUUAAUAAUGAAGAUAAUUUAUUGCAUCAUUGGGUUUCAUCUUUGUGUUACAUGAUGUGAAAUGUCAACAGCAGAAUAAAUUUGUUUACUGUUG